UUUCUCCCUCUGCCCUGCUACUCAACAACAAUAUUUAAAAUCUGAACGGUCGCCAAGAUUUUCUGCAAUUACUGGACCAUAACAACCAAGAAGCUGAAUUACUUUACUUGGCUACUAUUACACUCCAAAUCCUGCCAUUUAUUGGUUGAAUUCCAAGGCCCUCAGAAGGUAACAAAGCUCAUACAAAUCAUACAAGUAAUUGCAAGAUGGAGCAAAUCAAAGCUCUGAAUGCUUUGGAGGUAUUUAUUUGUUCUUCCACUAUAAUUCCCUCAAGUCUGAGUUAAUAUACUAAUUGUCAAAAGCCCUUCCUAGCUCUUACUAAAUCAGCAACAUCACCCCGCGCCGCCGUCGACCUCGUCACUCGAGCGACCGCCGCGCCCGGAACAUACAUAUUCACCGAACUUCUCCUCGCGCCACAAAUUCAAGCCCUCUCCUCUGCUCCUCCAGAGCAAGCAGUUUAUCUUUCACUCCUUAAAAUCUUCAGCUAUGGCACUUACACCGACUAUACCAGCGACCCCUCUCUCCCCACCCUCUCCUCUGCCCAAACCCUUAAACUUCGCCAGCUCUCCUUCCUCACCCUUGCCAAAAGCCCGUCCGACUUGACCUACCCAAAACUUCAGUCUGCGCUUUUCCUCUCCACUCCCCGCGACCUCGAAGAUCUUGUCAUCAGCACCAUAUAUGCCGGUCUCAUAACCUGUACUUUGGACCCUUACAACCAAACUGUACUCGUCUCCUCCGUCUCUCCCCUCCGCGAUCUCCCGCCCUCUACAAUACCAUCCAUGUUAUCUACCCUCUCGGCGUGGUCCGCUCGUUGCACCACGACUCUUUCGUCCCUCGAAUCGCAAAUCGCGUCCAUCAAGGCCGAGGCCCAACGCCGUCACCGCGACGAACAAGAAUGGAACGCCCACGUUGCAUCACUCCUCGAAACGCCCCCUCCAGCCGAGCCUUCCGCUGAAAGGGCAGGUAUCAUGGGUAGUCUACAUAAUUUGACGGGCAAAAUGACGAGAUCGUCUGGAAAGCGCAAUGCCACGUUGGAGAAUCUUGGUAGUGAUGAGGAAAUGGAUGAUGUAGAUUCGGUAAGCGGUCAGCAGAUGAAGGAUACCCGAAGUUCAAAGAAGAGAGGUUUUGGUGGGUUAGGAUUCGGGAAGUGAGUUGUUCUGCUAUCAGAGCCUAGAGCUUGUGACUAGUGGGACUUUUCACUGACCAAUCUCUUAGCUCAACAGAUACCGGCUCACCAGAUACCGACUCAGCAUGGCUCUCACUUGUUUUGGAUCAUAUACUGGACCAUGAGAGUAUGUGAUUAUAUUAGUAAAAGGAUUUUCAUAUGUAGUGCCUGGGAUAUACCCCCAUUCUUUUUGGUUGAGAGGAUGAGGGCGGCAGGGAUCAACAAAAGACUACAAGAUGGCGUACGGAAAGGGAAAAAUCGACAACGCAUUUUCACGCAUGUUUAGUUAGGCUAGGUAUGCCCCCAUAUGAAGAUAAUCAUACAUUCAGUGUAUGCAGGAAGAGGAUAUCAAAAGUCGCCCCUAUUAGCUUCCAUCCAUACAAAUAAAAAGUAAAGAAAAAGAAGAGGAAAAGGUCAUCAAAAGGCCCUUCAGUUCCCUGUUCUGUCCAUAGAAAGACAUCCAGACUUUGAGACCAAAAAAAAACAAUGAAAUUCCCUCCCGAAUAAAAAAAAUCAG